GAAAAUCGGGACGAGGGUAAGAAAGUUUUUAAUGCCACCCCGUCCAACUUCGUCCAGUUACACUACCGACAACUCCUCCUCUCUUGACACUCUCAGACCGUCUAGACUGGUGGUGUCCCGUUCGUCUCAAGACAGAUUUCGCUAUAUUACAGAGAGAGGCAAAAGGUACAGUGAAGACUCAAAGACACAUAUCCCCAACCAAAAAAAAAAUAAAAAUAAAAAAGUACAGAGGUAGACUUGCUGGUAGCGGAAGAGAGAAGGGAAUGGGGAAAAAAGCCAAGGCCAAAGCCAAGCCCAAAGAUGACGUCUUUGCGAAUGGGACUUCUAAUCCUCCUUUGGAGAGCGUGGAGGACGAGCAGACAAGUCCUAACAGGUUACCAUCAAAGAAGAAGGCAUCAACGAGCAGCUUACCUUUAAAGAAGAAUUCAUCUAAGAAGGCACUAUCAAAUAUGGCUAGAACUGUUAGGAGGUCAGGCCGGCUUAGGAAUUUACAAUCAGCUAAGCCAAACCAAGAGAUGAUUGUGGAAAAGAUUGAUCUUGCUGGUAGUGAGAGUGAAGAGGAGUCACUUGAUCAACAAUCGAACUUAGAGCCUUUUCUUCAUCAAGAAAACUCAGAGCCUAUUGUUCAACAAUUGAAUGCAGAGCGUAUUGUUCAAGAAGUGAACACAGAGGCUGUUGUUCAAGAAGCGAACUCAGAGCCACUUGUUCAACCUUUUAACUCACAACCAAUCUCUAAUCAACACAACUUGGAAGAAAAAAUUGGCUUUCUUGUUCAGUCUGUUGAAGAAUUCAAGUCGCAGGUUGUUCAGGGUAAAAAAAGGCCAUUUCCAAGUGAAACUCAGCAUAUGGAACUUAAUUAUCGAAGUCUGUAUAUUGAGUCACAAAAAAAGGUUGAGGCCUUAACCGAGGAAAAUCAUCAACUCUCCAAAAAGUUGGAAUUUGCCUGUGGAAAAGUUGAAGCGUAUGAGAAAAUGAAGGAUGUUUUUGGGAAUCUGAAGGAUAUGGUGUUAGUAUCACAACUAGAGAAAGCUACUGAAGCAGCAAUUAAUUUUUCUGCUCAAGCAGCAGUAAGCAAGCUUAAUUUGCCAGAAACCACCAUUAAUGGAGCUGCUGUUCCUGCAGAUAAACGGAGGACUGCAUUUGGGGCAACUCAUAAGAAAUAUGUUAGGAAGAAGAAAUAAAUUGAAGUGUGAAAGCAUCUUCUGACUGCUUUUUUUUUUUUCUUUUUUGUCCAAGCAACUUUUGGAAGCAAAAUCUUAAUUCAUGUGGGCUAACCCUAGGUUGUUUAAUUCAUGAAAUAAGAUCUGUAUCUGCGGCUUCCAAGUAUUUUCAAUAUGGCAUUUAAUGACACCCAGUACCAAUUGUUAUAUUAAGUUCGUCUAAGCAUUGACUCUGCUGCCUACAUAGGAGCAUUGGAACGCCA